UAAAAGAGAGGAAGGGUAAUAGGCGGCAGCAGCAGCAGAAUACCUGUGUGUAACCUGCACCAGCCCAGUAUUUUGCAGAGCAGCCGAGCGUGACUGUGUUUGUUUAACAUUCCCCACGCACAGCAGCUCGAUUGUGGUUGAAGCCGGUCGCAGCGAGCCCGCGGGGAAAGGGUUACACGCACACGCGUUCAACCUGUUCAACUUCCAGAGAGUUUUCCAGUCAGGUGGGGUCACGUGACCGCUUAAUUGCCUGACACCGGGCUCAGCCUGCCUCACUCACAGGUGCUGCAGCUACGGGCGCAGGAACGGGACAUUCUCAGGAAAGGGCUUGUGUCUGAGUGAGGAGAAUGGAGCUGAGCAGGGAUUGGAAUAUAGGAAGCAUGUCCCUCUAUGCUGAUAUUUAAUGGAUUUUCUUUCAGGUAUUAAGCGACACAAUCCAGAUGGGGUGCACUUGCUGUAGGCUGUGUCACAGUUAUGCAGUUGAGACCGAUACAGUACAAAGCAAUGGAUAUGUGAACGAAGCACUCAGCUGCCCUCCCAGUGAGAGUGACUGGUCCAAGACCCAGACUAUAACCAUCACUGAUCUUCUAAAUGAAGAACAGAAAAAGCUAGAACGUGACAGAACCAGUGGUUCACAGAACCCAGAUGCUGAAGAGGAAAAAAACAAUGAGAAAAACUAUGAGAUUGACUCUCCCACAUAUAUCUUGGACUUGAACUCCAAUGGUGAAAUCCCAAAGAACAACUACCCAUCCGCAGACACCCCUCAACAACAGGACAAUGAUCUAAAACGGAUCUCAGAAGAGCCUGAAUGUAUUCAACAUGAACUCAUCGAUUCCACGCAAAAGACCAGCUCCCUAACUGAAAGUGCUAUCUUAGAUGUGCUAAACGAUGACUUGUUAAAGCACAGUGAUCAUAAGUCGGGUUCUCUGGGCAGUGAUCAAGAACAUGCACCAAAACCUAAUGGUGAUCCUCCAGAAGAGCCUCAACGCGACUACGAAUCAAGCACUGGGUUGAUGAGCGAGGAACCAAUUGUGAAAGAUAAAAGUUCUUUAGUGGCCCUCAUGCUUGCUAGAAAUUCACUGAGAGAACCAAUCAGUGGGGCUAGUGUCCAACUACAAAACUAUGACGUGGAUCCAGAUGUUGCAGAGGCAUUGGCUGCCAUAGAAGCUGCUCUGGCUGGGGAAUACUUUGACGACAGUUAAUUGGGAAAUUCAUUUGUUACAUUUGUGUUUUAUCUGUUGACAAGUUUCGCCCUUGUCAAGAAUUGAAGCUUCUGAUUUUUUUUAUCUCAAGCGACAAUUUUGCAGACAUUUUGUACAAGACUUGACUUAUGCUCAAGUGAGGCCAAAAAAACCCAGAAAAACGCAUCUAUGUAUAUAUAGAAAGCACUACCACGAAUGCUACGAAUGUGAAUGGUUGUAUUAUAUGCGUUUUUAGGCAAAAAUGUUACAUUCUUGGGUGUGCAAUACAUUGAUAUCAUGGUGUAAGCUGGCCAGAACCUAAACAUUUGAGAUCCCUUAUCCUCUGGGCUGCCAUUUUACCAUCAUGGGGUCAGUAAUCAGCCAUUCCAAGACUUAUUGUAGAUCGCUUAAAUUAUGCAUUUAUGGAACUAGAUUUCAGAAGUCUUGUAUAAGACAGAUACAUCUAGCACCUGAUUUCAGAUGAAUGUUUAGAGGACCUAUUUACCAUGUAUUCAUAUUAUGAUUACAAUGAAUGAAGGCAGAAAUGUCAGACUCCUGGCGCUCCUGUUAUGAACACACAGGCCAAGAUUCAUUUAUAGUGGCCAAAGAGAAGUAAAAGUCCAUCAUUUUACAACCAAAACUGUAGCAAAUUCCAGGGCAAAGUGCUCCCUUCCAAUUAUACCAC